UUUGCAAUUGGCUAAUACGCUCCACUCACGGUGCGUUCCUGGUUUGUAUUGGCUAUCUCCCAUGUCAUUUGAAUAUAGCCGUUGCUGUCUGUUUGUUGACGUCCGACUUUCAAGCGGCCGUGGAGAUUUCUUUGUUAAAUCAUUAAUUUAAAUGGCUUCAAGUUACCGAAAACCAGUUCCUUCAGCAAGCCAAAGGAAAAAGGCAGGUCCCAAAAUCGAACUGACUGAGGAGCAAAAGCAAGAAAUUAAGGAGGCCUUUGAUCUCUUUGACACAGAUGGAACUGGAACCAUAGACGUGAAGGAGCUAAAGGUUGCUAUGAGAGCUCUUGGGUUUGAACCAAAGAAAGAAGAAAUCAAGAAAAUGAUUGCAGACGUUGAUAAAGAAGGCUCUGGAACAAUUGACUUCGGUGACUUUCUCAGUAUGAUGACACUGAAAAUGGGUGAAAAGGACUCCAAGGAGGAAAUAUUGAAGGCUUUUCGGUUGUUUGAUGAUGACUGCACAGGAAAAAUUUCAUUCAAAAAUCUCAAGAGAGUUGCUAAGGAGCUGGGUGAAAACCUUACAGACGAGGAAUUGCAGGAAAUGAUUGACGAGGCAGACAGAGACGGAGAUGGUGAGGUCAACGAGCAGGAGUUCUUGAGGAUAAUGAAGAAGACCAAUCUUUACUGAGCCUGUUGAGUGUUCUGGAAACUUUUAAAGAUUCUAUGUUUAUUCUGUCACAAGUUUAUACAGUGUUUUUUUUUUCUUUUCUUCUUUUUGUGGGCGUUAGGCAGAUCUGUUUAGUGUGUACAUAAAUAUUUUAACAUUCUGUAUCUUUGCACGAAUUUUUUCUAUAAGACAAAUAAAUCUAUUUCAUCAUA